CACGCCGCCUCAAAUUGCCUAUCCUCUUUGUGGCGGCCAUAUUUACACAAACAUAACUAAACUUCAUGUUUAGGCUGAUGGCUUUGCCAAAGCCUUAAUAAAUUUAAAAAAAAAUCUAAUGAAACGUCAAACGAGAGAUCAGCACGUGAAUUUAAUUUAAAGAUUUUUCACACAAAACUUUUAAUUAGACAUAAAAACAGUGUAAAAAUGGCGGAUGAAAGCGCAUUCGAUAAGAAGAAAGCUCAUCGAGCGAAACACGCUGGCCGUAAAGCGGAAAAGAAGAAAAAAAAACAUCAAAUUGACCAGUCUAACCUAACUGCUCGGCAACGUAAUCCUAAAGCAUUUGCUAUACAAUCAGCUGUGAGAGCUGAAAGACAGUUCCGGAGGCGAGAAGAUGUCAUUGCGAAAAAGCAGCACAUACCUCAAGUGGAUAAAACUCCACUAGAGCCGCCACCUAUAGUUGUUGCAGUAGUGGGGCCACCGCGAGUCGGCAAGACUACUCUUAUCAAUAACCUAAUCAAGAGCUUUAUAAAAACAAACGUGACAAGCACUAACGGCCCUAUAACAGUGGUCACUUCAAAGAAGAGGCGAAUAACCAUAAUUGAAUGCAAUAAUGAUAUUAACUCUAUGAUUGACAUCGCUAAAUGUGCCGACCUCGUCCUGUUACUUUGCGACGCGAGCUUCGGCUUCGAAAUGGAGAUAUUCGAGUUCCUCAACAUAUGCCAGGUGCAUGGCAUGCCUAAAAUCAUGGGUGUACUUACUCACCUUGACAUGAUUAAGAAUGCAAAAACUUUAAAACAGAUAAAGAAAACCUUGAAACAUCGCUUUUGGACUGAAGUUUAUCCUGGAGCCAAAUUAUUUUAUCUGUCUGGUAUCAUUCAUGGAGAGUAUUUAAGAAAUGAGAUAAAGAAUCUUUGUAGAUUUAUUUCUGUAAUGAAAUUCAGAGCAUUGAGUUGGCGGACUACUCACGCUUAUGUAUUGGCAGAUAGAUUGGAAGAUUUGACUAGCCAGGAGACUAUCAGGAAAGACCCUAAGGUCAAUAGAGAUGUGGUGCUGUAUGGCUAUGUUAGAGGCGUGCCUUUGAUGAAGGAGGCUAUGGUACAUAUUGCUGGUGUUGGAGACAUGAAAAUUAGCGAGCUCUCAUACCUGCCAGACCCAUGUCCCAUGCCAAGCAGAGAAAAGAAACGCCACCUCUUAGAGCGCGAGAGACAAAUAUAUGCGCCAUUCUCUGGCGUCGGCGGCAUUGUAUAUGACAAGGAUGCAGUGUAUAUAGAACUAAAGGGUUCUCACUCACAUAAACAAGAAGAUGAGGAAACUAAUGAAAAAAAGGCAUUGUUAAAAAAUGUAUCUGAAACUGUGGAGACUCUUGAUGAACAGAUGCAAGAAUCUGGUUUCAAACUAUUCAGUGGUGGAGCUGUUAUCUAUCCUGACAUGGUCAAAGAUGAUGAGUAUUUACAACUGAAUAAAAAAGGACAAGAAAGCUCAGAUGACUCAGGGGAAGAGGAUGAUUCAGACAACGAUAGUGGAAUCGACCAGAGUGAGAAAGAUGUAGAGAAGGCCUCAAAACUACCUUGGGAUAAUGUUGAAUCUGAUGUAGAUGAAGAUAAAGGUGGUCGGGAAGCUGGUGAUGAAAGUCCAGAUGAUCAAGCUUCAGAAAGUGAUUCUGAUGAUGAAGAUUUCAGUGUCAAAUGGAAGGAAAAGUUGGGGGAAAAAGCAACUGUAGCCUAUUUGGAAAGGCAAAAGACUUCUAAAAACAUAAUGAAACUUGUUUAUGGAGAGUUUGAUAUAGGAAAUAAAACAAGAGAAAAAAAAGUGGAUUCUUCAGAUGACAGUGGGGAUGAAGAGAUUGGAGGAUUGUUCAAAAAAGUCACAGAUACACAAAAGAAGAAACAGAAAGAAAAACAACAAUUGGACCUUGAUGAAUGUUCGUUUUUCUAUGCUUUAAAUAAACCGAAUCUAAGAAACUGGACUAUUGACGAGAAUAAACAGUAUCUAAUCAAUUGUUUUGUGACUGGAAAGAGAUCAGCUGAUGAAGAUGCAGAGCAACUUCUGAAACUUGAUGACAUUGACGAUGAAGAACUGUAUGGAGACUUCGAAGACUUGGAAACAGGAGAGAAACAUAAAGCAGAAGAAAAAUUUGAGAAAGAAGCGACAAAACGAAAAGCUGAGCCAACAAAAGCUGAAAUCCUAGAAAAAAAAAUGAAACUAAAAGCAAAGUUUGACGCAGAAUAUGAUAAUCCAGAUGACCAUAGAAUCAAAGGCGAUCAUUCUUACUAUGAAGCUUUAAAAGCUGAAGCUUUAAAACAGUCUGAAUUGAACAAGUCUGUCUUUGAUAACUUAGAUAAUGGCUUGAGAAUAGAAGUCGAAGGUUUUAGGCCUGGACUGUAUGUUAGAAUGUUAUUUAAAGGCAUGCCAGCAGAGUUUGUAACAAACAUGGAACCAAGUUACCCAAUUUUAAUUGGAGCACUCAAUAUGGCAGAACAGAAUAUAGGUUUUGUAUCCUGUAAAGUAAAGAAACACAGAUGGUAUAAGAAAAUCUUGAAGACCAAUGAUCCACUUAUAAUUUCGCUGGGUUGGCGACGCUUCCAAACUUUACCAAUCUACUCGAAAAUUGAAGAUGACUUGAAGUAUCGAUAUCUUAAGUACACUCCAGAACAUGUCACCUGUAACAUGAGUUUCUAUGGCCCAAUAACACCACAGAACACUGGAUUUUUGGCUCUUCAAACAGUAAACAACAAUAGCAAUGAAAUAAAAAAUAUAGGUUUCAGAAUAGCGGCAACUGGCAGUGUCAAUGAAAUUAAUAAAUCAACACAAAUCGUCAAGAAACUAAAAUUAGUUGGUACUCCAUUAAAGAUCUACAAGAAAACUGCUUUCAUCAAAGACAUGUUCACAAGCACUCUUGAAGUGGCGAAGUUUGAAGGAGCUAGGAUAAAAACAGUGUCUGGGAUAAGAGGUCAAAUUAAGAAAGCAUUGAAUAAGCCUGAAGGGGCAUUCAGAGCCACAUUUGAAGACAAAAUACUAAUGAGUGAUAUUAUUUUCUGUCGCACAUGGUUCAAAGUAGAUGUUACUAGGUUCUACGCGCCUGUUGUCAAUUUAUUAUUGCCUAUAGGUGCUAAGAAUGCUUGGCAAGGGAUGAAAACUAAAGGUCAAUUAAAGCGAGAACGCAGCAUUAAGAAUGAUGCAAAUUCUGAUUCCAUGUACACAGAAGUACAAAGGAAACCUAAAGUUUUCAAACCGUUGGUAAUCCCCAAAGCUUUGCAGAAGGGACUGCCUUACAAGUUUAAGCCAAAAGAGAAGUCUACGACAUUGUCAGGGAAGGAUUCUAACGAAAAAUUCAAAAACAGGGUAGCUGUCGUCAAGAGUCCAUAUGAACAUAAAGUGUCGAGUGUUAUGAAAAUGAUAAAAACAAACUAUGAAAAGAAAAAAGAAGUGCAGAAAGAACAAACUGCGCAGAGAUUGCAGACACACAAGAAACAAUUAGAAGAAGAGGAAUGGCGUAAGAUCAAACGACAGAAAGAGCUGAAGAAGAAAAUUUGCAGACACUUAAGUAAGAUGGGAAAUAAAAGAAAGCCACAGAUGUGA